AUGCCAUCACAUAAACGAAAACAACAACCCAAUCAACCCAAAGGAGAUAAAAACAACAAGAAAUUGAAAAACAAUUCAAUUUCUAAAACCAAUUCAAUGAAUUACGUUAUUGAACAUCCGCCCUAUCUGAACAGAUACAAUGUUCCCAAAAUUCUGGCAUGUCAAAAACAAGAAUUACAGCAUGUUUGGUCAUUUAAAACCACUCCAGACGUCGUGUUAGGUCAUUCAGUUGUUGAUAUUUAUGAUGAUCAAAUAGACCAUCAUGGAAGUGGUGUAAUUUACAUUUCUGCAAAGGAUUACAUUUUAGUAUUGAAUGGACAUAAUGGACAAUUAUUGAAAAAAAUUGGAUCCUUUUUAUUUGGACAUGGUGCUGGAUUGAAGUUGGUAUUGGAUGGAAAUAGAAAUCUAUUGGCUUGUGAAUAUAAAAGAACCCAUAAACUUAUAACCAGAGAUGGCCAUAUUAUCAUGAAAAUUAAGAGACACCCAAUCACUAUGUGA